GUUAAACACUACUGAAGGAAGUGAGCUUUGUCCUAACCUUGCUGCUGGCUGGCUCGCAAAGGCUCUGGACCUCUGGCAAUAAAAAGGUCACAAAACAGCAGCAUGUAGGACAGAGAGUUCCAACCUGGACAGAGGUGUUCAGGUAACUAUGGCCUCAUCUGAUACUGGAGGAUCAAGAGUGGCUGUUGUCGGCGGUGGUUUGGUUGGAGCUCUGAACGCAUGCUUUCUUGCAAAGAGGAAUUUUCAAGUUGAUGUAUAUGAAGCUAGGGAAGAUAUUCGAGUGGCUAAGUUAACACGUGGAAGAAGCAUUAACCUGGCCCUUUCUUAUAGAGGACGGCAGGCCUUGAAGGCCAUAGGUCUGGAAGACCAGGUCGUUUCCAAAGGAGUGCCCAUGAGAGCGAGAAUGAUCCACUCUCUCUCAGGAAAGAAGUCUGCAAUUCCCUAUGGGAACAGUUCUCAGUAUAUCCUUUCCAUAAGCAGAGAAAAGUUAAACAAGGAUCUACUGACUGCGGUGGAGUCAUACCCCAAUGCGAAGGUGCACUUUGGCCACAAGCUGUCGAAAUGCCAUCCCGAGGAAGGGGUGGUCACCGUGAUUGGACCUGACCAAGUUCCCAGAGAUGUCACUUAUGACCUCAUUGUAGGAUGCGAUGGAGCCUAUUCAACGGUCAGAGCCCACCUCAUGAAGAAGCCUCGCUUUGACUACAGUCAGCAAUACAUCCCGCAUGGGUAUAUGGAGCUGACAAUUCCACCUAAGAAUGGGGAGUAUGCCAUGGAACCUAACUGUCUUCAUAUUUGGCCUAGAAAUGCCUUUAUGAUGAUUGCCCUUCCAAAUAUGGACAAGUCUUUCACAUGCACCUUGUUCAUGCCCUUCGAAGAAUUUGAAAACCUUCCAACAAAUUACGAUGUGCUGAACUUCUUCCAGAAGAACUUUCCAGAUGCCAUCCCUCUGAUGGGAGAGCAAGCCCUCCUGAGGGACUUCUUCCUGUUGCCUGCCCAGCCCAUGAUAUCAGUGAAGUGCUCUCCCUUCCACCUGAAGUCACACUGUGUGCUGAUGGGAGACGCAGCUCACGCCAUCGUCCCAUUUUUCGGGCAAGGAAUGAAUGCGGGCUUUGAAGACUGUUUGGUAUUUGAUGAGUUAAUGGACAAAUUCAAUAAUGACCUUAGUUUGUGCCUUCCUGAAUUCUCAAGAUUUAGGAUUCCAGAUGACCACGCAAUUUCAGACCUGUCUAUGUACAAUUAUAUAGAGAUGCGAGCACAUGUCAACUCCAAGUGGUUCCUGUUUCAGAGGCUCCUAAAUAGAUUUCUUCAUGCUAUUAUGCCAUCGACCUUUAUCCCUCUCUAUACCAUGGUUGCCUUCACCAGAAUAAGAUACCACGAGGCAGUGCUGCGCUGGCAUUGGCAGAAAAAGGUGAUAAACAAAGGACUCUUCAUUCUUGGAUCCCUGAUAGCCAUCGGAAGUGCCUACCUACUUGUGCACCACCUGUCCCCGAGACCUCUGGAAUUGUGGAGAAGGUCGGCAUGGACUGGAACCACUGACUACUGGAGAAGCACAGGUGUCUUCCAGCAAGUUCCAUGGAGUCACUAGGACAAACUAGAGCUUCAAGGUUCCUGGUAGCAAAUGUUUGUUCUCUCCCCAAAAUGAAGGGCAAGAAGUAAACAAGAAGUUUACUUUGGCACAUUUAAUUCACUACUGGAAAAUAACUGUCAGCAUAUAAUUAAGUUUCCUGCAGAAUUUUUGUGCCUGCCGAGCAAAGGGAAAUGCUGCUGUUGUUUUCUGUGGUGUUUCCAUCACUUUGCAUGCUUGGGCUGGGUCCAUUUAAAUUUAAAAAUGUAAGAACCAAGGUCUCUUUCACUUCUCAAAAACAGGGUUUUGUGUUUUUUUUUUUCUAUACAGGACAUUGUAGGAGCAACAACACUCAGAACUGAAAACCACAGCUUGCCUAGUGUGCUGCUUCCUUUUUGUAGCGGUAGAUGGGGCUUGCCUAACCCCAGGAACAGGGCACUUGCUAAAACCAGGAGUGUGAAUGAGAGGCAGCGUGUUUCAAAGAGUUCCCAGAUGAAUCUGUUCUAUCCCCCAGUCUUCAGAUAGCAGAAUUAUUACCUUUUAAACAAAAGAAAGGGCUAUUAAUGCUCCUAAGUGAAGAAUAAAAAGGGGUUGUUAUUAGUAAAUGAAAUAUAUAUAGGAGUGAAAAGGAGAUGGGAAGGCUGUCUUACAGACACAUGGAGACAUAGUUCAUUCCGUUUCAGACACGGAAGCGGUGCCUUGAAUGUCACUCUGUGACAGUUAACUUCAUCUUUGAAGUGCAGUGUGAAGACGCUGGUUCUUCUUUCAGUAGGCUGAUUGGUACACUUGAAAAUUCUUUUCAAAUAUUAUUAAUUUUGAAAGCUAUGGAUACCAGUGAUGUAGGAAAGACUGAGGUGAUAAAGAUGAAACAAUUUGGCAUUUUCCAUAGUCUCAAAGAUGUCCUUGAGCCCUAUUAAUUUAGGUUUAAUGUGGAAGGAAAGAAAAAAAUUGUUUCCGUGGAAAGGGGAUGUAGGUCAGUGGUAGAGAGCUUACUUAGCGUGCCCAGAGUCCUGGGUUAGAUUCCCUAGCAUUGCGAAAAUAAACAAACAGUAUAAUUGUUCCUUUUAUUUAAGUUUGUUGGCUGUGGCUACUAUAACAGACAGACUGACAAUAGGAAGCAAACUACAGUUUAGAAGCUUGUAUAUCUCACAUGCACAUGGGAGACACUCAGAAAAUGAACUGACUUAGGGGCUGGAGAGAUUGCUCAGCUCAUCUCCGCUCUUGCAGAGAGCACCAGGUCCUAGCUCCCAUGUCAGGCAGCUCGCACCUGCCCAUUACUCCAGCUCCAGGAGGUCCAAUGUCUCUGGCUUCCCUGGGCUCCUGCACCCAUGUGCACAUAACCACAUAUAGACUGCACCCCCCCCAUGAUUAAAAACCUUUAGAGGCUAUAAUUUCUAUUAGUAUCAACGGGGUGCACGGGAGGGAUUGGAGGGAAGAAAGUGAGGGCAAAAAUGAUGUAAUUUUAUUUUAAGUUUAAAAGGGGGAAUCUAUGUAAUACAUAAUGUUGUGAGGAAUGAGCUAAAAUAAAAAUCUAGCACAUUUAAAAACAUUUAAAAUACUGUAAGCUCAUAUAGAACGCCCUGGUUUACAUCAUCUUCAACAAGAAGCAAAGUCACAGAGCCAUGAGAAGACAAGGGAAAAGGACCGGAAGCCCUAGAAUAGCAAUCUUUAGGCCACCUUGGCAAGGGGGGCAGCCGGGGAGACUUUCCUUCUCUCAUUUCUUCUCAGUGACUUUCCGCUCAAGGUAACCCUGCAAAAUGGAGCACAUUUGGGGGUAGUAUCUUCUGUUCUCCUCCGAGUACGGGCAAUGACACAUGCGAAGAUGUCCUCCUCACUAACAUGGCCCAUUAGUGAUCCAGGAGUCUGCUGAUAAGCGGUGAAAAUUUAAAACCACAUUAUAUGAAGCUAGCGAGGUGGCUCAGUGAGAAAAAGUGCAUGCUGCCAAGCCUGAUGACCCGAGUUCGAUCCCUGAGGCUCACCUGGUGGAAGAAGGGGACUGUUUCCCGCAAGCUGUCCUCUGAUUUCUACAUGCAUGCAAUAAUAAAUAAAUGUACUAAAAUUUAAA